AUGGUAUGGGUAGGUAUAAUCUAUGGACAACAAACACCAUUGCAUUUUAUCGAUGGAAAUUUGCACAGACAUUGUGACGAGAUAACGCACUGCCCCAUGUUGCAAGUAUCUCUACACAAUUCCUGGAAGAUGAAAAUGUCCCACUUCUUCAAUGGCCCAUUGAGCAUGUUUGGAUGUUCUGGAUCAAUAUGUACGACAGUGUGUUCCGGUUCCCGCCAAUAUCCAUCAACUUUGCACAGCCAUUGAAGAGGAGUAGGACAACAUUCCACUGGCCACAAUCAACACCCUGAUCAACUCAAUGUGAAGGAGAUGUGUCACACUGCAUGAGACAAAUGGUGGCCACACCAGCACCAUGGAACCCACAGCUUCUGGAAUGUUCUGUAACAGAAUGCUUAGCAUGGUAAACUCUGAGGAUGUCAACGCCAUCAUCCAAGCCCAGAGGCACAUGCUGGACCGCUUUGAGAAGACCAAUGAGAUGCUGAUCAACUUCAAUGGACUUUCCAACGUGCGGCUGCAGCAGAUGAACGAACACUUCCUGCUUCACACACGCACCCUGGUGGAGAUGAAGAAGGACUUGGACAGCAUCUUUAGGAGAAUCAGGACUUUAAAGGGCAAGAUCGCCAAGCAGUACCCAGAGGCCUUCAGCAACGCCCACGAGUCGCCGGUCCUGGAGGACGACGAGUUUGAUCCCAUCCCGCCCAGUGUCGCCACGAUGAUCACCGCCACCAUGUCGGGGCAGAGCACCGAGUCAUGUGACACGAGCCCCGACGUCAUUUCCCCGAAUGUAAGCCGGUGUUCCGAAGACCUCUCCCAGGAUCAGGCCGACACGCCCACCUCUGACCAUGGCCUGCCUAGCCCUGAAACGGACAUGCUGAGGGACGAGGGCCCGGACUCAGUACCUGCAGAGUAGAGCCUCCGUAACCUAGGCCUAGAGCGCUACUCAGUACCUGCAGAGUAGAGCCUCCGUAACCCAGGCCUAGAGCUCUACUCAGUACCCAUAGAUUAGAUAGAAGCAGCAGGAGGUCAAUGUGAUUGAUUUGGACUGCAGAGCUUUGGCCAGUUAUCUGGUUUGUCGGGUUUGAAUCAGUAGCUGAUUUGAUGGUCAGGAUUUAAACCAGCACACUGACUGCUGUUCACUUGUAAACGCCAAGAUUGUGUCCAAAGAUCCCUUUUGUUAGACACGCUUGUCCAUCACUCGCCACUAACAAUGAAGAAGAUACUUGAAUAUGUGUUGUGGUUGUGAAGAACUGAAUCCUUAAUUACUGACCACAGGAGGACUGUACCCAGCUAGUCAUUUGUUUGUAUGCACAGGAGUCGCUCUCUCAUUAAUAAUGGUUGAGCGUGGAAAUAUGCACUCAUUUAAAGAGGUAGUGAGCUUUGUUGGUCAUGAGUAAGCCUAUUGGAAGCCAGCUAAUCGCAAUAGUACGGCCUACCAAAAUAUGUUUCCAUUUUUUUUAGUGACACACCUCCAUGUUAUUUGCCCUAUUAAAACUAGAGCCUGACCGA